CUUGAAGACAAGACUUGAUAUUUUAAUCAUCAAAUCAUGAAAGAGGUAUAAAUAAUAGUUGCAAUAAUCACAGAAUACACAAGGCUAUAGCUCCAUCUAUUUUGAGAGUAGUAGGUGAGUGAACAAAAUAUAAGGCCGGCCAUCAAUAAAGAUUUUUCACAUCAGAAAACUCCAUAUCCAUCUCAUCUUUUCUCCUUCUUUUUUCAUUUAGUGCGUAAAAUUUCAGGUUUCCUAUGUUCAGGACCAAUCAUUUCUUCAUAUUUUUUAUUCUGUAAAAGACUAUCCGAAGCCUGAUUGAUCCAUAUUGUCGAUACAAGAUGACCAUGAAGAAGGUUACACUAAAAUCCAUCAUCUUGAGUUGUUGUAGCAGCCCCUUGCCAGAAUCCACAAAUCGGAUCUCAAAACAAGGUUCUUUUCAGAGGCUCUCUCUCUCAGAUGUGAGCGAUCCCAGUUUACCAUUCUGCAUAGAAGAUAUCUCAAAUUCUUUCACUGGUUCAAAACUGCACAUAUUUACAUUUUCAGAGCUAAGAGUUAUAACACAUAAUUUCUCGCGAAGCAAUCUUCUUGGUGAAGGCGGGUUCGGACCGGUCUAUAAGGGGUUUGUGGAUGAUAAGGUUAGGCCAGGAUUGGAUGCCCAGCCUGUAGCUGUGAAGUCACUGGACUUAGAUGGUUUGCAAGGACACAAGGAGUGGAUGGCAGAAAUAAUCUUUCUUGGACAACUGAGGCAUUCUCAUCUAGUCAAGCUGAUUGGAUAUUGCUGCGAGGAGGACCAGAGACUCCUAGUAUACGAGUAUAUGCCAAGAGGCAGCUUAGAGAAUCAGCUAUUCAGAAGAUAUUCCGCUGCAUUACCGUGGUCAACCAGGAUGAAAAUUGCUCUGGGAGCAGCCAAGGGCCUAGCUUUUCUCCAUGAAUCAGACAAACCAGUGAUAUACCGGGAUUUUAAAUCUUCAAAUAUCUUGUUGGACUCGGAUUACACUGCUAAACUCUCAGACUUCGGACUUGCAAAGGAUGGUCCUGAAGGAGAAGAGACACAUGUGACAACACGUGUAAUGGGCACACAAGGUUAUGCUGCGCCUGAGUAUAUCAUGACUGGCCACCUGACAACCAUGAGUGAUGUGUACAGCUUUGGAGUAGUUCUGUUGGAGUUGCUUACAGGUAAACGUUCUAUGGAUAACACCCGCCCUGGUCGAGAGCAAAGCCUUGUGGAAUGGGCAAGGCCACUUUUGAAGGACGCCAGCAAACUUGACAGGAUCAUGGACCCUAGACUUGAAGGGCAAUACUCCACCAAGGGAGCUCAAAAGGCUGCUGCAUUAGCUUAUAAAUGCCUGAGUCAUCAUCCAAAACCUAGGCCCAUGAUGAGUUACGUGGUUGAGGUCUUGGAGUCUCUUCAGGAUUUUGAUGAAACAUUUAUUCAACCAUUCGUGUACAUAGUGCCAACUGAAAAUGGAAGCAGCGAGUCCUUAAGCAGGGAAGCAGGAGUGAAAAGUGAAGGAGAAAAGGAUGCAACUAAUGAAAAUGGAUGCCACAAUCACAGGCACAGGCACCAUCAACGUUGUGGUUGGAGACAUAGGAUCAAACUGCCUUUUUCUCCAGUAUCUUAUUCGGAUCCUGUCCUCUAUGAGAAUUAUGGAAAUGGUUUAAACUCUCCUAAUAGAAAAGAGGUCUAGAUGAAAGAAACCUAUUUAAAAAAGCAUACCCCCCUUGAGAUUUAAUGUUUAGUUCAUGAAUAGGUUCGUAUAGUCCGAUACAUGUAGUGUAAUCACAACAGAAUGGAUGCAAGAAAUAUUGCUCAGAGUUGUAGCUAAAAUACUUUCAUGAUCCUGUAAGAGUUUGGAUUGUUGAGAAGGAAUGCAUGUUUGUAAAAUACAAGCCAGGGCGCUUUACUUAGUUUGGUGAAAAUCUUCUUUUACUGUUGAAUAAA